GACAGAGUCCAAUAUCCUUUGAUUUACUUGCAGCCUCAUUGCCUGUUGCGUCUUCCAACAUCUCAACCUAGCUAGGAUUACACUUCAAAACCAUGUCUCUUUCAGAUGCAGUCCAACGUGUGGGAUCCGAGCUGGCGCCAGCCUCGGCCGGUCUCCUCGCCAUCCUCGGGUUGCUGUAUUUUCUGUACGAGCGGCUACUCCCCCAGCCUCUCCCAGGAAUUCCAUACGACCCAAAAUCCACCCGGAAACUGCUGGGGGAUGGUCCCGACAUGGUUCGCGAGGUCGGCGCCACGAGAGAAAUCCACGUGUGGUUGUUAAAGAAGGUGAACAAACUCCAAGCACCGCUAUGCCAAAUCUUCGUCCAGCCCUUUUCCAGGCCCUGGGUCGUCCUCGCCGACUCAGUCGAGGCCCAAAAUCUGUUGACACGACGGCCUGAGUUCGACAGAUCCAGCUUCGACAAAACUGGCCUUAGUCCACUGGACGGGUUCCACUCUCGCAUGACAAUGGGCGAUUCCUGGAAGCGGACCCGCGCUUGGUUGCAGGACCUCUUAAGCCCCCCUUUUCUCAACAACACAGUCAGCCCUGCCAUGUACGAGAAUUCGCUCCAGCUGGUGCACUUCUGGGAGACGAAGGCUCGUCUCGCCAACGACCGGCCCUUUGACGUCAACGAUGACCUGGACCACGUCGCCCUGGACGGCAUGCUGUCCUUUGUGUUUGACCGGCAGUUCGAGCACGCUGCCCUCAGCCCACAGAUGCAGGCAGUGGCCCAGCUGGACCCUUCACGCGUCGAGAUUGGCCGCCACGGCGAGGCGAAGUUCCCGACGGCGCCAUUCAACAAGUUCACCGCCUCUCUUUACGGGACGGUCGACGCUGUAAACGUUGUGACCGCAUCCCUGUGGCCAAAGUUCGCCAAGUGGUGGGUCCGCCAGAUACCCAGGUACAGCACAUCAAUAGCCGUAAGGAGGCAGGUCAUCAGGGAGCAAGUCCAGGGCGCCAUCCGAAGGUUUGAGGCCACGGGCGAAGCCAAAACGGCGAUUGAGCACAUGUUGGCGCGGGAGAAAAAGGCCGCCGAAAAGCAGGGCCGCAAGCCGGACUAUGAGAAUCAGGUCUUGAUGGACGAGAUUGGGGGCCAAUUCAUCGCCGGAUUCCACACGUCAAGCUCAACACUCUCUUGGAUCUUCAUCCACCUGACCCGCUCCCCGGACGUCCAAGCCAAGCUGCGGCACGCCCUGCACACGGCCUACAGCGCCGCCCACGCAGAACGGCGGCCCCCCUCGACCGCCGAGCUGACCAAGGGCCGGGUGCCCUACCUCGACGCCGUGCUCGACGAGGUGCUGCGGCUGCACGCGACGCUCCUUUCGCGGCAGGCCAUCACCGACACGCAGCUCUUCGGCUACCGCAUCCCAAAGGGCACGACCGUGUUCAUCAUGGCCAAUGGGCCAGGAUUCCACUCGCCCUCCCUCGCGGCUGCUGCUGCCCUGCGCGACGCGUCGUCCGCAGAGCCGGACAGCGGCUGGGACGAGACGCGCGACAUGUUCACCUUCGAGCCGGAGCGCUGGCUGCGCAAGAAAGAAGACGCGUCGACGACGACGACGACAACGGAGGAAGACGCCGGGGUCGAAUUCAACGCCAACGCCGCGCCCCAGGCAGCCUUCGGCAUGGGCCUGCGCGGCUGUUGGGGCCGCAAGCUGGCGUACGUGGAGCUGCGCAUGAUCGUGAGCCUGGUGGUGUGGCACUUUGAUCUUCUCGCUGUGCCGCCGGCACUGGCCUACCCCUCGGCUACCUUGAGCAUCAUCCAUCGGGCGGAUGAGUGCUAUGUGCGGCUGAGGCGCAGAGAGGAUGUUCGCGAUUCUUGAAAGAAGAAGAUGAUGAUGAAUGGAUUCGCGGAUGGAAUUUGAAAUUCCCUAUUUUUCUUAUUACACACGCACCCUGUUUUGUGU